CAUCUCUAAACCCAAACCAAAACCCUACUCUCUCUUCACUGUCCCCUCUUCUUCCUCACCCAGGCGACAACGGCCCAAUUGGUACCGGGAUUCUCUCAACCUCACCGGAAGAAACAGCAGCAUGUUCAAGGAGAGCAAAGAUAGAGGCAAAGAAGCAGUAAUGGAUGAAAUCAAGUCUUCUUUUUUGGGUUUAACAAAAGAGGGCGGAGGGGAAAGACGAGAAUGACAGGCCUAAGAAGAAUCUCCAUUUGAAAACGCGGACGCUUAAUCCUACCAAUACAAUUGCAUAUUUGCAGAUACUGGGGACUGGAAUGGAUACACAAGAUACCUCACCUUCAGUUUUUCUCUUCUUCGACAAGCAGAGAUUUAUUUUCAAUGCAGGAGAGGGAUUGCAAAGAUUUUGCACAGAGCAUAAGAUUAAAUUAUCUAAGAUAGAUCACAUAAUUCUCUCUCAUGUUUGUUCAGAGACAGCAGGUGGACUUCCAGGUUUGUUGCUGACUUUGGCUGGCAUGGGAGAAGAAGGGAUAUCUUACAUAUUUAGUCGAUGCAAUGAAGUCUUUUAUGCUGCGAUGAUUCAUACUCAAAGCUUUGGUCGAACUUACGCUGCUGCUCCACCUGAUCCAAGUAAAUUUGCAGACCCACUUGUUCUUGUCAAUGAUGAGGUUGUUAAAAUAUCAACUGUUUUCCUUCGUCCAAAUCACUCAGAAUGGUUGCCAGUAAGGCCAGAGGCUGUUGCUCUUGAGCUGAAGCCUGGGCCAAGGUAUCGGGAGUUGCAAAAGGGGAAUUCAGUCAAAUCAGACAACCUUGAGAUCAUGGUUCAUCCAAUUGAUGUUAUGGAUCCUCCAAUUCCUGCUCCCAUUUUCUUCCUGGUUGACUGUCCCACGGAAUCUCAUGUAGAGGAAUUGUUGUCCAUAGAAUGUCUUGGGGAAUAUUAUACAGAUUUGUCUGGCAACAAAACAAAAAGUGCCAAGUCUGUGAAUUGUGUCAUCCAUCUAAGGCCUGUUUCUGUUGUAAACAAUCCCAGUUACCAGAAAUGGAUGAAGAAGUUUGGUUUGGCUCGAGGAAUUGUUGCUGGACAUGAAAUGAAGAAUGUGGAGAUCCCAAUUCUAAAAGCCAGUGCAGGAAUUGCAGCCUAACUUAAUUAUGUUUGUCCACAGUUCUUUCCUGCUUCAGGGUCCUGCUUCAUAUCUUUGUGAAAGCAUUUCUGCUGAAAAUCUCCUAAAGGUAUCUGUUUCUUUGAAGAAUUCACCCUUUUCCCAGUUCUAAUAUUUAAUGGUAACUGGUUUCUGGCAACAAGAAGAAACCUUGCUUUCUGCA